CUUUCUGAAUUCCAUGGCGUAGUCACGGGACUUGCUUCACGAAUGGCGAGCAAACUCCUAGCGCAAGCUUCUAUGCAUCUGAAAGACGCACUUGAAAUCGAGCCCAGUCCGAGCAGGACCGAAAUGACACGAAUGGAGAAGACUUUCUACCGAAUGGAAUUGUUUCGCCACUGCGUCCGUCAUGUGGAUCCUUCAACCCUCAGAGGGUAUGAAACGGACUUUGAUCAGAUUUUCUGGCAACAUUUCCAAUAUCAUGAAUUAGAUCAAAUGAUUAUAGCGUCCGAGUUUUUAUGCCAGACCCUGAGACCAGUAUACACGGCCCUAGCAUUAUCGAAUCCGCGAUGGUGCAGCCGGAUUUUGAUACUGAUGAACGAUAUGGGUGAAUCGCACGAUCUUCUUCUUCCCACGGAGUUCAGCCAAGGCUUGAAACGCAUAUAUACCUUGAUCGUCAACGCUGAGCAAGAUCCAACUUGUACGAGAACACUAAUGCCACUCCCGCGCGCGUACGAUAAACGAAAGACUCUGGGCUUCAGCCUUGCGAGCAUCCUUGGGUGGCAUACUGACGGGGAUAUCAAAGAUAGCGGCUGUCUUUCUGGAGAAGCAGAUGAAGGUCCACAAAACGCGAGCUCGUGGUUGCUCGAGGGACCUAGGAUCUUUGUGGAACCAGCCGACGAGGAUCCUCAGAUAUCUGCGCCUCCGAUAUCUACUUUCACCGUCAUGGCCAUCGGCUAUGUCUUCUGGGAUCGGAAGAGGCUGGAGAGAUGGAAUUUGUUCACGAUGGAAUGCUGCAGCACUUCGUGCGGCCACUACGACUUUCCGCACUACCCGCGUCCCGCCAAUCAAUCUGACUUUGAUUUCGAAGAACGAAUGCUCGCCGCUUUGAAACACUGGGUCCCGACAGCCCGCGCCCCACGAGAUGAGAAUGAGAAACGUGUUUUGGCCUUUUUUGAAGACUUGAUCAAGUCGAUGGAAAGUCGUGCAAGCGAGAGACAGGCCGAUGCAAAUUUGGCGAGCGAGCCGGAAUUUUACAGGGACACCAAGGGGUGUCAUUGGCCGUUUUGUAGAAGGUCCCCACAAGCACGGGGUUGACGCUCGUUGACCAAAGUUGAUACGGACUUGCAUUCUCGAAGUGAAGAUUGAACGAUCAAGGUCAUGAGUCCUCAUUCCUUUUAUUUUGAACUCAUUUUCCUGCAUAAAGCACUAUUUAAACACAUAUGGCAGGUCGUCAGAGCCCAGCUUCUUUGAACAGAAGUCUGAAAUUUUGAAAAUAAUCACAUUGGGAAAAAACGCUUUUGUCCAUUAGAUCACAGAUUUCUCGACUUGAAAUUCACCACAAAUGGAAUACUUAAAGAGGGACUCGAUCUAUGGAAUUUGGUCGUAAAACAAACGGAAACAUGAAAUUUCAGCAUGGCAUGCAAGUGGAUUUCUCUUCGAGGGAUUAUCGGGGUGA